GAGCAGGAGGAGGGGGCUGAACCCUGUCGGUCUAUUUUACUUUGAAACCUCCAGCUUUGUAAAGCAGGCCAGGAAGAGGUUUCUGCAGGCUCGGUUCGGUGCUUCUUUUUUUUUUUUUUUAGACUGACAGCUGACUGAAAACAGGAGGACGAGGAAGAAGAGGAAAGAUGAUUAACCAGAAGAGCUGAGCGUUUCCACCCAAGUCCAGGAAGUCCGAAAACUACAACGUUUGCAAAAAAAAAAAAGAAGAAAAAAAAGAUGAGAGUUAGUGAGUGGGGAGGAUAGUUACCCGGUUAACCUUUGAACCUUUUUCUCCGUCCUCCCAAGAAGUCACAAGACGAGCUGUCGUAAAGAUUUCUCCAAUGAGUCCUAACGGGGGUUUGUGYGCUUAAUUAGUCCAACAGAUACACUCAGUUUUCAGGAAGUCCAGAAUAAAGCCAGAAAAGCUCAGUUAUAAUGUCUGUGUACUUUAAUCCAGGCUCAGACUCAGGAGUAAAUGGAAACGUUGCAAAGAUGGAAGAUGCAAAAGUAGAGAUUGAUGAUGGAAAGGAGGAGAAAACUGUGCCGGAUACARUGUACCACAACAUUCGUAAAACGAUAUCUCCGUUUGUCAUGUCCUUUGGGUUUCGUGUGUUCGGUGUGGUGCUGAUCAUUGUAGACUUUGUGCUCGUGAUUGUGGACUUCUCGCUGUCAAACAAAAGCAGAGACGUUGGCAACGCUUUAGAAGCCGUGUCCCUCACCAUCUCCUUCUUCUUCCUCGCUGAYGUUCUGCUACGGGUCUAUGUGGAAGGUUUCAAAGUGUACUUCAGCUCCAAGUUGAACAUUGUGGACGCCGUUGUUGUUGUUAUCACACUGGUGGUCACCAUGAUCUACACCUUCAGUGACAUGUCCGGUGCCAGCCUCAUUCCUAGGGUCGUGACCUUCCUGCGCUUUUUGAGAAUAAUCAUCUUUGUGAGGAUUUUCAGGCUGGCAUCUCAGAAGAAAGAGCUGGAGAAAGUCACCAGGAGGAUGAUAUCUGAGAACAAGAGGCGUUAUCAAAAAGAUGGAUUUGACCUUGAUCUCACUUACGUCACAGACCGUGUCAUUGCCAUGUCUUUCCCGUCCUCUGGGAAGCAGGCCUUCUAUAGGAAUCCAAUCAGGGAGGUUGCAAGGUUUCUAGACACUAAACACGGAGAGCACUACAAAGUUUACAACCUCUGCAGUGAGAAAGGCUACGACCCAAAGUUCUUCCACUACAGGGUUGAACGGGUGUUCAUUGAUGACCACAACGUCCCGUCUUUGGAGGACAUGCUGAAAUACACAGCAAGUGUGAGGGACUGGAUGUCUGCGGAUCCUAAAAACAUUAUCGCUAUUCACUGUAAAGGAGGAAAAGGACGCACAGGGACAAUGGUGUGCACGUGGCUCAUUGACAGCGACCAGUUUGAAAGUGCACAGGACAGUCUGGAGUAUUUUGGUGAGAGGAGGACGGACAAAAGUCAGAGUUCCAAGUUUCAGGGAGUGGAGACUCCUUCUCAGAGCCGGUACGUGGGGUACUACGAAACCAUGAAAAUUCAGUACAACCGACAGCUGCCUCCRCCUAAAAGCCUCAGGUGCAAAAGCAUCCGCAUCCACUCUAUAGCAGGUGUGGGGAAAGGUGAUGGCAGUGAUCUGAAGGUGAAAAUAAUUGUAAAGAAGGAGCUGGUGUUUCAGUGCGUGUGCGCCAAACAGGAGAACUGCUCUGUAUUUCCUGAUGCUGGCAACAAUGCAGCUGUUAUCAGCCUGCACAACGGCCCCACGGUUCAGGGAGAUGUGAAGGUUAUGUUCGAAUCAAGUGCUGGUCUUCCAAAAGGAUAUGAAGAUGUUCCUUUCUACUUCUGGUUCAAUACAUCAUUCAUAGAAAAUAAUAAGCUGUUCUUGCCCAGGGAGGAGCUGGACAACCCACACAAACCCAAAACUUGGAACCUGUACAAAGAGGAUUUUGGUGUCACCAUGUUCUUCUCAGAUUCUGAAUAAAAGCACGUUUWAGAAGAACAAAAACAAGACAAACUGCAUGCACCUUUAUACCUAAAAGUUAUGAUCUUUAGUGCAGCAGGAUCCACCUCUAAGAUGCUGUUUACUGGAGAAUUUCUUUUUGGCACUUGACACAUGAAAUGUAUAAGAAAUGUUGGAAAACUUCCUAUUAAACCACCCUUUAAUGUUC